AUGUACCUCCGCAUAUCGGCAGUCAUUAUCUCCCUCAUCUUUCUGUUUACCGUACUCAAGAAAACUAUUUUAACGCACGAUACCGGAAGACAGAGUUGUCGAUGCCCGCCACAUGAGCCCUGCUGGCCAUCUACCAGCGAGUGGAAUCUGUUCAACGAGAGCAUCAAUGGCCGCUUGAUCCAUCUCCGACCCGUAGGCGCCGUCUGCCACGGGCAGGAAUUCAACGACGAUGCGUGCAACUAUGUGAAAGAGCGCGCUAAUAACUCUGCAUGGCGAGCAUCCGAGCCAGCCACUCUACAGUCCGCAAACUGGGAAAGUAGCUGGGACGGAUGCGGCAGCUGCGAUAUCUCAUCGUACAUAGACGAGCCCUGCCACCAGGGCCGGAUCCCAGUCUACGCCGUCCUCGCCGAAUCGGCCUCUGAGAUCCAAACAGCCGUCCGAUUCGCGAAACGGCGCAACCUCCGCCUCGUCGUAAAGAAUACCGGGCACGAUAGUAUGGGGAGAUCGAGUGGGCCUGCAUCUCUGCAGAUCAACACGAAUCGGUUGAAGAGUAUAGAGACUGUCUCGGACUUUAUACCACAUGGCGGAAGUGUUUCCCUGGGACAGGCGGUGACGCUUGGUGCGGGCACGUUGGCGUUGGAGAUCUCCCAGGUUGCUGUGGAUGAGGGAUUCAAUAUCCUUCUUGGCCUUUGUACCACUGUUGGUGUUGCUGGUGGGUUUAUACAGGGUGGUGGUGCGUCCUUGCUAAGCCCAACGUAUGGGCUGGCCUCGGACAAUGCGCUGGAGUUUAAUGUCGUUACGGCGGAGGGAGACUUCGUCGUGGCAAACGAGGUCCAGAACCAAGAUCUCUUUUGGGCAUUGCGAGGUGGAGGCGGCGGUACAUUUGGCAUCACUGUCAACACCACGAUACGCACAUUCCCAGAUAUCCCAGGAAUAGUCUUCACCCUCACAGCGGCAAUCUCUCGACAAGACGAGCAGUUCCCAGAUGUAGAACAUGCACUGUGGGAAUUCGCAACAGAGGUCAUCAACAUCCUACCAGACCUAAAACGAUCAGAUAACAGAACAGGCGCUGCCAUUGUUUCUGGUAUCCAGGAAGACGGUGUCCAGGUUGUCACAGAGAUCCUCUUCCCAAAUACCAGUGACACUACCUCCGUACAAGACCAGAUCGCUCCAUUGCUCGCCAGACUAGCCGACCUCGGAUUCUCAUCCGUCUACACAGCCAACACAACCCUAUACCCGCAGAUAUCGACCUACUUCAACCAACCCAGACCCCUCGAUCUCGCCGGCACAGGCCGAAUCGAAGGCUCAGUCCUCAUCUCCUCAACCCUUUUCUCCUCCCCCUCCGGCACACCCCACAUAACUCACGUCCUCACAAACCUCACCUACCGCGUCGGCGACCUAAUCGAGAUAUUCCUCUCAGGCGGGGGCCAAGUCCGCGCAAACAAGGGGAUUGUCAAUAGCGCCGUCCUCCCGAACUGGCGCGAGUCCGAGAUGCUAAUUACAUUCCGCCGAAUAAUGCCGUCCAGUGCCACCACGAAGCACUUCGUCGAUAGCCAGAUGCCGGUUCUGCGGGGGCUGGAGACGCCGCGGAUGGGGUCGUUUGUGAACACGGCGGAUCCCGAUGAGCCGGAUUUCCAAAGGGCGUUUUGGGGGGAGAAUUAUCCGCGGUUAUACCAGACCAAAAAAAGGUGGGAUCCGGAUGGGCUGUUUAUUGUGAAUCUGGGGGUGGGGAGUGAGGGGUGGGAUAGGGAGGGGAUAUGUCGGACUGGAGGGAGUGAGUCGAGGGAAUAUCUCUGA